AUGUUCGGGAUCUGGGGGACCUUCAGCAGCGUGGUUUUCUACCUAGCCUGCCUGCGCUACCACGCGGCCAGCGUCGCCGGGCUGCUGGCCCUGGCCUGCACAGCCUUCGCAGCCAGCCUGGUCCUCUUCGUCUGGGUGGCGUGCUGCUCCCAGCGCCAGCGCCCGCGGUUCUACAGCGCUGUGCUGGGCUCCGGGCUCCUGCUGCUCAUCUGCGGCCUCCCCUACCUCCUCUGCUGGGCCCUGCGCCCGUACUUCCCGAGCUUCCUGCUGUCCACCUUCCUCCCGCUGGCCACCCUCCUGGCCUGCGUCCACUGCAGCGCCAGGCCCCUCAUCUACUUCAUGGUGGGCCGGCAGCCAGGCCAGCGGAAGCCUCUGCGGGCGGUCCUCCAGCACUCCCUGGGGGAGGGCGCCCAGCUGGGGGCCAGCGGGGUCUCCCUGCCCAUGGGCCGUGUGUAG